AUCGGCGCUACAAAUACACAUGAGAACCCACACAGGAGAGAAGCCUUAUACCUGCUCUGAGUGUGGGAAGGGCUUCACUCAUCAAUGUAGUUUGAGAUGCCACCACCAGAAGAAACAUUCUGAACAGAUUAAAACUGACCCGGAUGACAAGAUUGGCUGCUGUUGUGGACAAGAGUUCUCUUCCAAGAAUGAUAUGGAGGUUCACUUGAAGACAAACACUGGAGACAAGCCUUACACCUGCUGUGUGUGUAAAAAGACCUUUACUCAUAAAGCAUUACUGAAAGUACACCAGCGAUCCCACACAGGAGAGAAGCCUUUCUCUUGCUCUCUGUGUGAGAAGAGUUUUACUCAAAAAGGAAAUUUGACAACACACGAGAAGUCGCACGCCGGAGAGAAACAUCCUUGCUCAGUCUGUGGAAAGAGUUUCACUCAGAAAGGCUAUCUGAAGAUUCAUCAGCGGCUUCACUGUUCCGAAGGGGAGUUGAGUUCCUCUGUAUCAAGAGCACUUGAACACCGACAGACGAGAGCUAAGGCGACUCACAGAUGCCCAGACUGUGGGAAGGAGUUCCCUCAAACAUAUUACCUGGACAGACACAUGAGAACACACACAGGAGAGAGGCCUUACCAGUGCUCUGUGUGUGGGAUGAGUUUCACGCAGAAAGGAAAUUUAAAAACGCAUCAGAAAGUGCACACUGGAGAUUAUCCCUCCAGCUCCUGGUCCACUGGUGAGGGGAGUCCCUGUACAUCGGGAGAAGCUGAACAACACCAGGAGAACCACGCGGACGUCACAUCUCACGGCUGCCUCGUGUGCGGCGAGGAACACUCUAACCUCCCGGAACUACACAAACACAUGAGAUCUCACUCGGGAGAAAAGCGCCUCGUCUGCCCUGUGUGUGGCAAGACUUACCCCAGAGAAUUUGACCUCAAAAUCCACCUCAGAACACACACAGGAGAGAAACCCCACGAGUGCAUCGAAUGCGGCAAGAGUUUUGUUCGUAAACAAGGGCUCCGGCAGCACCAGCGGACACACGACGCCAAGCCCAUCGGACCGACCCGCCAGCUAGGCAGGCCAAAGCACUUAACCAGGGCUCAAAUGUCCAAGAAAGUGCCUAAGAUGGAGAGUGAUACAGAGAUGCAGGACUGCCAAGUACUAUGACAAUUAACCGCGACUUUGUCUCUUUAGUAGGUAGGAGUUCUUCUUCUCGCCGAAGCUGUGUCUGUGUUGUCGCCAUCUCUGAUCAGUUAGAUAAUCAUGCUAACUCUCACUCAUCUCAUCAAUCAACAUAUUAUGAUCAACACAAAUGUGGUGGAAAAGUGUCCCUUUUUUGGGGGAGGUCAAUUUUUCAUCAAUGCUGUGAUGGUGCUAAGAAAUCAACCGUGACUUGUGAAACGUUCCUCACUGAGAAUAACCAUGUCAUGAUUAAUAAAGUAGCAUUCUGGUUAUGA